UGUAGAAGUUUGAACUUUUGUUCAAAAGAUAAGUCGUGUGACUUAAAUGACGCAAGAAGACAAGUCUACCCAGAAGAUUAUGGACCAAAAGCAGGAUGCAUCUACAUCGAUGUGUCUGAAUCACCUGAGGUUUGUCCUUUAAAUAUAUUCCCAAUGGUGAAAUAUAUUCCCAAUGUUAAAAUCAAUAGUGUAUUGAUUUAUCUCAAUUUAUCUUUCUCCGUUUGAAAAACGAAAUUCUUAAGAUCAUGAUUGAGUCAAAAUUCGACGCUCGACACGAAAAACAAACGAUAAGUUUCUUUUUCCUUUUUUUUCUUUUUUUCAAAUCGAGAGCCCAGCAAAAGAUUUUAUUCUUUUUAAGUCUUGUGCAGCAAUACAGCAAGAGUGGCCUCAGGCGGAAAGUGGAUAUUAUUGGAUAACGAUUGGGAGCAGAGAAGUUCAGGUUUUUUGUGAUAUGACAAGCUAUGGUAAGCCCCAGGUCAAAUAACUCUUUUCAGUCACGAUUUCCUAUUUUGUUACUACAACUAAUUUAAGGCUUAGAAUCUAUUGAAACAUCAGUGCUUUUUAUUCUUUGUUUCUCAGCUGUUUUCAGCUUUUGUCAUCUUAUUCAAUUAAGAUCACCAAUUCAGUUUAACUCAUUAAAAAACGGGAUUCUUUUUCUUACUUACCACACUGAAAAGUCUCAAUAAUUACCCGAGAGCAGUCACUAUGAUCCAUAUUGUUGGAUCUUGUAACUCGAGUCUAACUUACUAAACCUGAAUAUAAGAGAUGACUGGUUAAAAAAGCUGGCAAAAAUCAGCUAAAAUCAAACUAAGAUGAAACUAGAUGCAUAACUACAUUAACUCGGGCUUCUUUGCUUAAGAAUGUUUACAAAGGCAUGUAAUCUAACGAAGAGUAAUGUUUAUUUUACGUUUUGAAAAAUUAAAGCCCAAAUCAUUUGGAUUGUUUUCCUAACUCCCCACCACCUCAAGUUUCUUUGUUUUGCUUGUUAUUAUUAAUUUAUAGGAAUUGAAAGGCGCUCCGCACAAAUGUCACAAAAAAGAAAGAAAGCGGACUCAUUUCUAAUACGUGUAGAUCAAAAUAGAUCACUGACGAUGCAAGUCUGAGUAGAUGUUUACAACUUAUUUCGUGCAUUGCUUUUGGAAUAGCUCGAGUGGUGGCAUGGAUAUAUAUAUAUAUAUAUGUAUAUGUAUAUAUAUGUGUAUAUAUGUAUAUAUAUGUAUAUAUAUAUAUAUAUAUAUGAACAAAGAAUUACUAUUUAACAUUAUUUUUAAUAAUUUUAGUCAACUUUUUUCUAUCAUUUCUAUUAACAUUUUUAUAUGAAGAUGUUACAAACUUUAUUGUGUAUUGUCCUGAAGAUCUAUGUUCAUUUUGAAUUUUGCAGAUGACUUCAACAAUUGAAGGUAUACCAUUUAUGCAUUUAGUGAACUGAAUUAGUGGUAUGUGACUUUCAUUGUAUACUAACAAAGAAUAAACAUACUUUGACCUAUUUGUGGAUUUUGAGAUACAACUGAUAUAAAAAAGAUUCAAAACUCAUCAAAAAACCUGUUUAGAAUACCAUCUUCAAGAAUGACUAAACAUAAUUGCACCAAGAUCAUUAGUAGAAUUAAUUCCUUGUUUGUUAGAGUCAAUUAGAGAACAAAAACUUAUUGGAACGCAUUGUUGUCGUGCAUUUUGUCCAAAUAUCAAAUCAUAACCUUGACUAUAAGGUGCUGCAACUGUCUUGCUAGGGUCAGUUUACACUAGAGUAGGACCACGAUUCUUUUUUAUAUCUCUACUCAAUUUAAAUUCACAAUAUUUUACUGCAUGGCUCUAAGUCUUGGGAAGACUUGUCAAUGUAUUUCAUGAAAAUAAUACUGACUAACUCUACGUUUUAAUAUGUAUGCACGUAGAGAGCUUGGAGAUAUUUGGUCUAUACAGAUUCCAUUGCAUAUAAUUUCUCAUCCCCAAGCUUGACCCUUUUUUUUUCAGGAACUUUUAGAGUUGACGUUUUGAGAAAGGGUGUUUCUUACACCGUUUUUUACCAGGUACUAUUUAUAACAUGUUUGAGUUUAAUUGCUGUUUCUUGUUGAAUACCAUAAGUAAUUACGUAUAUCCUCUUUGAAACUCAAUUUUAGAUACCAAGUGGCCCAGAAAAGUUUAACUCAGCAUGUGGCUAUGGAACGUAAGUGCAUGUAAUAUAGAUAAAUUAGAGUCUGCCAAUGUAGACUGCCUUCCUUUCUCGCUUCGGUCAAAAUCGUAGUUGAAGUCACAAACACCCCCUUCUAUUAUCCCCAAAACACUGCAAAAACCAAUAUUAUUGGCUCAGUUUGGUCGGAAUGGACGGUAAAAAAUUUUACUCUCGGUCAUAAAGCACUGACCUGGCUGUGCUCUAUUCUUACGUAUCGUCCUGCCUGGCCUUCCCACUCAGUCAAUAAGUCAUAGAAUUAACAUUAACGAGGUGACCUUAAAUGUAAACCAUCCAGCAGCUAAAGGUAAAGGUUGAUGUGAACUCUUCAUGUUCCCCAUUCCACCAGGGUGACCUAUGUCAUUUUGCUUUCCUAAGCGAACACAAGAAUUAACUCGUGCAGAUAAAUAGAGUAGUUCCAAAAAGAGAGACUAUUGUAUUUUGUUACGCUUCGUUUUAUUUCCUUUUCUUUAUCUUUGCUUUUGCUUUUGUCGAAUACAGGUUUCCACGCAUAAUCAUUUCUUAUUCUUAUCCUUAUCAAUGGGAGACAAACAGCUGUAAUAAUAUUGACGUGGGCUACCGCAUAUACUCCGACUGCCACAGAGGUAAUAGAGAUGUUGAUAUGUGAUGAUGAGUUAUAUGAACUCUCUUCUUCGACUGCAAUGACAUGUAAAAGACCAAGAAUAACGAGAGACAUUCAAAUAAGAUCCACCAUUUGGUGGCGUAAUUAAGUAAAUCCAGAGAGACGAAAUUUUGGAACUUAGCUCCAUGCUUUUUUUUACUUUAGAAAGUAUUUAAUGAUAUAGAGUUAAAAGAACUUGCGGCUGCGGAGAAAUUUCCAAGUCAUAUAUUCAACAGUUUAAUUGGAACGAGAUGCGGGAGAUUGCGUCAGUCACACACGCAAAGUCAGUUUCAGGGACGCUCUCAGGAACAAAAACUUGAACUUGAGCUUAAUCCCUUCCUUUUCCUCCCAAACCCCCCUUACUUCAGAGUAAGAAUAAAAUCUCCUCUUUUGGGUGUGACCAAGUGCGCAUUUCAAUUAUCACCUCUUUCUCUUUCCCUAAUCUGUUAUUUCGACUGUUUUUGUUUCUGGUCGCUAGUUUUCGACGGAAAUUGAUUUUAAAUAUAUUUGAUUUACGACUGAUUUUUUAACGAUUUCCCCCCUAACAUCAGCACGGAUAUUGCCCGUCUUAUUCUCGAUGCAUUUACCAAGAUGCUGGCAAGGAUAAUAUGUCGCUAGUCACUCUAAGGGGUUAGAGAGUUAAAACUGUAUAAUCUUCUUGUACUGGUGAAACCUUAGAGAUCUACUUCACAAUACCUUUCUAUUUCAACUUACGUGAAGAGAUGUAAGACCUUGUAUGAUAGAUUAACGUGUGAGCCGUGGAGCACCAAACUUCGAUGGCAAAAUCAUGUGUUUUAAAAUAGCCUCCGACUCCCAUAUCUCAUUCCAUUUGAAAACAGAUCAUAUAAGACGAGCCUUGUAUGGUUUCCCACAGUGCCGCGGCGAAAAUAAUCAUGGAAUCUACUACAACAACUCAGGGAUGUUGUUUGUAAAAUAA